GUUGGGGCCAAACUGCGUUCGACGAAGAAAUUAGUAACGUUCUUUUAGAAGUAGCUGUUCCAGUUUGGGACCAUGAAGAAUGUGUUCUAGCUUUUUCGCAACCAAUUUUUCGUACUAAUAUAUGCGCUGCUGAAUACGAAGGCGGGAAAGAUUCGUGUUUGGGCGAUUCUGGUGGUCCGUUGUUAAUGCAAAGAUCAGAUGGAAGGUGGACAAAUAUUGGAGUAGUAUCAUGGGGAAUAAAUUGUGCUCAACCAGGAUUCCCAGGAGUUUAUGCUAAAACAACUUCUUUUCUUAAGUGGAUUGCUGUCAAUACUCAGGACAUUAAUUAGGCAAUAAUAGUAAAGAAAGUGCACAUUUUAUUUUGCCCAAUAUUAUAAAAUAGUUCAUAGCUUUUAAUUUUUGAUAAUAAAAAUUAUUUCUGUAAAAAUUAAAUAACUUAAGUUUUAACAUUAAAAAAAUUAGUAAAAAAAUAAAAAAGCGUGAAGAUAUAUUUAAAUAGAUAUUAAUAAUUGUAAAAAAUUAUAAAUUGACAAAUAAAAUGAUAAAAAUUUGUACAAGUUUUG